AUGUCUAUGCGAAUCGUCCCCGCCUCCCAGGCACCCACAACCUUCUCUCACGCCGCCUCCUCCUCGGCCCCCUCAGCGCCCGGAAUCCACGACACUCUCCGCCACGGUGUCGGCAUCUCGCCCUUUGACGCUGCCUCCAACAAGCCAGUCUCGGCACACCCAUUGGAGGCUCGCCUCAAGAACUGGGAGGCCACCCAGGAGGCCGUCCGCAUGGAGUCCCUCAAGCGCACCUUUGGCAUCGCCGAGCCCAUCCGCCGGGGCAUGGAGCUUAAGAUUGUCCGCGAAGGCGAGUGGCGGCCCAUGGCUCUCGGAGGGGGCCUUCCCAGCGUCCACGAGGAUAUCUUGAGAGGGAGAGAGGACACGAUUACCUGGGAGGACGUCUUUACUGGUGAAGAGUCGCGGGCGCUGCCAGGUAUCCAUGAUGAGAUGGAAAAGAAGCUGAAGAUUAACUGA